AUGGAGGUUCCGUCGUCUGAUCAAUUGGCGUCUGCUCUUUAUUUGAGCCAGUCAUGGGUGAAAGCUAAUUUUGAAUCUAAGGUUAACCGUUCUGGUAUCUCCUUGGAGUGUUUGUUGAAGGAAGCUCAUGAUGUUGCUGACAAGGGAGCGUGGAGGGGGUUCAAUGCUUUAUUGGCUUUAUGUGUCUAUUGGAUAGUCUUGUUUCCCAACAUACCUAAAUUUGUGGACAUAAAUGCCAUCCGUAUUUUCAUGACAGGAAACCCAGUUCAUAUGCCUUCUAGAAAGCAUAAGGACAUAGGAGGUGUUGUGAACUGUUGCCUUCCAUUGUUAUACAUGUGGUUUAACAGUCAUAUGCCUUGCAAAGGAGCUUUCGUAGCUACUCGAGAUUCCUUGACCUGGGCGAAAAGAUUGAUGGGAUUAAGGGCUAAGGACAUUCGCUGGUAUACUCCAAAGUUAGAUUGGAAAGAUGACGAGAUGGUGUCUGAAUGUGGGGAAUUUGAUAAUGUUCCUCUCAUAGGAGUUAGAGGUGGUAUUAAUUAUAACCCACGUCUCACUGUGCGUCAGUUGGGUUUUGAUCUGGUGAGUCCUCCCGAAGAUAGAUUUGUGAAAGAAUCCUUGUACUAUGAUGUAUCGCAAGACAACACUGAAUUGCAGAGAGCUUUCGGAGCAUGGUUUAAUGUUAGAAUGAGAGUCAAAGCGGAGCUGGGGAAAAGAGAUUGCAUUGCUCAUCCUGAUUAUGCGGAGUGGGUGGAGAACAGAGCAAAAUACAAUGAGUUGCCUUUCCCUUUUGAGGACCUUUUGUACACGCAUGGUCCUGAUUUUCCUAUUGAUAUGUCGGUGGGAAGUUUCUAA